GGCGCGGGAGCUGCGGGCGCUCGCGGCGUCUCCCGGGAAGGAGCGCCGCGCCUGACAAGGAGGCGGCGGCAGCGGCUGUCCAGCCCGGGGCCGUUCCGGAGCCGUGCCCGCCGGAGGACCGAGCCGUUGCCGCGAUGGAGCAGCUGUCGGAUGAAGAGAUUGACCAUGGUGCUGAAGAAGACAGUGACAAGGAAGAUCAGGACCUAGACAAAAUGUUUGGGGCCUGGCUGGGGGAGCUAGACAAACUCACUCAGAGUUUGGAUUCUGACAAGCCCACGGAACCAGUAAAAAGAUCUCCUCUCCGCCAGGAGACAAACAUGGCCAAUUUUUCUUAUCGCUUCUCCAUAUACAACUUGAAUGAAGCUCUGAAUCAGGGAGAAACUGUGGAUCUGGAUGCCCUAAUGGCCGAUCUUUGCUCAAUAGAGCAGGAACUCAGCAGUAUCGGUGCUGGAAAUACCAAGCGUCAAGUCACAGAAACAAAGGCCGCUCAGAAACUACCCGCCAGCCGACAUACAUCAAAACAUGGCACCUUGAAAGGACUAUCUUCUUCGUCCAACAGGAUAACUAAACCAUCUCAUGCCAACUACUCCCUGGAUGACAUCACCGCACAGUUAGAACAGGCCUCCUUGAGCAUGGAUGAGGCUGCUCAGCAGUCUGUACUAGAAGAUACUAAACCCUUAGUAACUAGUCAGCACAGGAGAACAGCGUCCGCGGGCACAGUGAGCGAUGCUGAAGUACGCUCCAUUAGUAACUCCUCUCGUUCAAGCAUCACUUCUGCAACCUCCAGCAUGGACUCUUUGGAUAUUGAUAAAGUAGCACGCCCUCAAGAACUGGAUUUGACACAUCAGGGGCAGCCAAUUACUGAGCAUGCUAUUUCUCUGAGAUGUCCCAGCAAGCAGGCCAAGCGUCAUAUUGACUUCACAGAAGAACAGGCUGAGCUGACACCUGAAGAACAGGCAGCAAAAUUGAAAGCUGAGAAGAUCAGAGUUGCCCUAGAGAAAAUUAAAGAGGCACAAGUGAAAAAGCUGGUGAUUAGAGUCCACAUGUCUGACGAUAGUUCUAAAACAAUGAUGGUGGAUGAGAGGCAGACAGUGAGACAAGUGCUGGAUAACCUGAUGGACAAAUCCCACUGCGGUUAUAGUUUAGACUGGUCUCUGGUGGAAACCAUCUCUGAGUUACAGAUGGAGAGAAUCUUUGAAGAUCAUGAAAACUUGGUUGAAAAUCUUCUUAAUUGGACAAGAGAUAGCCAAAACAAGCUUAUAUUUAUGGAGCGUAUAGAAAAAUACGCACUUUUCAAAAAUCCACAGAAUUACCUUCUGGGGAAAAAGGAAACAGCUGAGAUGGCAGAUAGAAACAAAGAAGUGCUGUUGGAGGAGUGUUUUUGUGGAAGUUCUGUAACUGUACCAGAAAUUGAGGGAGUCCUUUGGUUGAAAGAUGAUGGCAAGAAGUCCUGGAAAAAGCGCUAUUUCCUCUUGCGAGCAUCUGGUAUCUACUAUGUUCCUAAAGGAAAAGCAAAGGCCUCUCGGGACCUGGUGUGCUUUCUCCAGUUGGACCACGUGAAUGUCUACUACGGACAGGACUAUCGGAGCAAGUACAAAGCUCCUACGGACUACUGUCUGGUGCUCAAGCACCCGCAGAUCCAGAAGAAAUCUCAGUACAUCAAAUACCUUUGCUGUGAUGACAUGAGGACCCUGCACCAGUGGGUCAAUGGUAUACGCAUUGCAAAGUAUGGGAAGCAGCUCUACAUGAACUACCAGGAAGCUUUGAAGAGGACAGAAUCGGCUUAUGAUUGGACUUCCUUAUCCAGCUCCAGCAUUAAAUCAGGAUCCAGUUCUUCCAGCAUCCCAGAGUCUCAGUCCAAUCACUCCAGUCAGUCUGACAGUGGAUUGUCUGACACCCAGCCGGCAGGACACGUCCGUUCCCAGAGCAUGGUGAGCUCCAUCUUCUCUGAGGCCUGGAAGCGAGGCACACAGCUGGAAGAGUCCAGCAAGGCCAGAAUGGAGUCUGUGAAUCGGCCCUACACCUCACUCAUGCCCCCUUUAUCCCCACAGCCCAAGCUAGUCACCCCCUACACGGCCUCACAGCCUUCACCGCCCCUCCCGCCCCCGCCGCCUCCGCCCCCGCCUCCCCCGCCCCCGCCGCCUCCGCCUCCCCCUCCCCUGCCCAGCCAGUCCGCCCCGUCUGCGGGCUCCGCAGCCACGAUGUUUGUCAAGUACAGCACGAUCACCAGGCUGCAGAACGCGUCUCAGCAUUCAGGAGCCCUCUUUAAGCCUCCCCCUGCAUCAGGGAUGCAGCCCUCCACCUCACUGUCAGUGAAGCCUCAGAUCCUGGUACCCCCCAAUGGAGUGGUGCCUCCCCCGCCGCCCCCGCCCCCACCCCCCACCCCCGGCUCGGCUAUGGCCCAGCUGAAGCCCGCCCCCUGCACCCCGUCCCUGCCCCAGUUCAGCCCCCCACCUCCUCCACUGAAGAUCCAUCACAUCCAACACGGCACGCAGACAGCUCCUCCAGCGCCCCCACCUCCUCCUCCCGUCCCUGCCCCCCUGCCUCCCCAGGCCCCCCCCAAGCCCCUUGUGACCUUGCCCCCCCCAACCAGCACCAAGACGGUGCCCCCCUUAGUGACACAGUCGUUGCCACCCACACCUACUCCGCCAGUCCCCCCAGUAAAAAAGCAGCCGGUUCUUCCUGUGUCUCACGUUCCACCCUCUCCCCCUGUUCCUCCGAGUCCAGUGCCCCCGCCCACGCUACCCAAGCAGCAGAGCUUCAGUGUAAAACCACCCCCCUCCCCGCUGUCCCCGGCGCCCUCCGUGGUGAAGCAGAUAGCCAGCCAGUUCCCCCCACCUCCAGCCCCACCUCCCGCCGAGGGGCCGCCCUUAAAGCCUGCCUCAGUCAGCCUCGCCCCACAGUCCCCCCCUGCCGUGAAAGCGAAGCCCAAGUGGCAGCCCAGCUCCGUCCCUGUCCCUUCUCCGGACUUCCCCCCGCCUCCCCCAGAGAGCAGCCUGGUGUUCCCUCCGCCGCCACCGCCGCCCGCCCCGGCCCCGCAGCCGCCGCCGCCACCGCCGCCAGCCACACCCACAGCGGCUCCUGCCCCCGACAAAAGCAGCUCUCCGGGCAAAAAGACCAGUAAAACCUGCAGCCCCGGGGGAAAGAAACCGCCCCCGACGCCGCAGCGCAACUCCAGCAUUAAGUCCAGCAGCUGUGCGGAGCACCCUGAGCCCAAGAAACCCUCAGUAGACAGUCUAAUCAGCAAGUUCGCAUCCCCAGCCGAACCCUCGGGGUCUCCCGGCAAGGAGACCCCACCACCUCCAGCAGCGCCCCCCAAGCCAGGAAAACUCCAUCUUUCCGGAGUUAACCUUCCCGGGGUGCUCCAGCAAGGAUGCGUGUCCGCGAAGGCGGCUGCGCUGAGCGGGCGCGGCAAGGACUCGGCGGUGGAGUUCCCUUCUCCUCCGUCCGAUUCCGACUUCCCACCGCCUCCGCCAGAAACCGAGCUUCCUCUGCCCCCCAUCGACAUCCCAGCAGUGUUCUCAGGAAGCACCUCUCCAAAAGUGGCCGUUGUUAACCCGCAGCCGCAGCCCUGGGCCAAAACAUCGGUGAAGAAGGCCCCUCCGCCCACGCGACCCAAACGGAACGAUAGCACCCGCCUCACUCCAGCCGAGAUCUCGGAGCAGCCAGCCGCGGCCGCAGUCGCGCCGCAAGUGCCCACCUCGCCCAAGCCCAGCCUUAGUGUCCAGCCGGGCUUCCUGGCUGACCUCAACAGGACACUGCAGCGCAAGUCCAUCACGCGGCAUGGCUCGCUGUCCUCCUCCCGCGUGUCCAGAGCGGAGCCCACGGCCACCAUGGACGACAUGGCAUUGCCCCCGCCACCCCCCGAACUGCUUUCUGAGCAGCAGAAAGCCGCUUACGGAGGCAGUCAUAUAUCAGGCUAUGCAACGUUGCGGAGAGGCCCGCCUCCCGCUCCCCCCAAGAGAGACCAGAACACCAAGCUCUCAAGAGAUUGGUAGCUACCGUAGGAUUUUAUUUUCAUGCAACCUGUAAUCAGUUCUACAAUCAGCUCACCUGAUCAUCUGUGAAUUCAGGUGUUCAGAGCCUCCUGGUAUGUCGUUGUUAUUCAGGUAGUGUUCAGCUCUGUGUGUGUGUAUACAUGUGCGGGUACACACAUAGCUAUACAUAUAUAGAUAGGUAGCGUGUGUAUGUAUAUAUAUGUAUACAUAUAUCUAUAUGUAUAUAUAUAGCUGAAAGUGAUUCUAUUUAUUCUUUUUCUCUCCUAAUCUGAAAAUGAGUUUUGUGUAUUUUGGGUGGCAGCGGCAUGGAAGGGGAUAUAUGUCUUGUCCCUUAUGAUUUCUGUUAUCUAUCAUUUGGAUUGGACCAAAAACUUCAGACUUAUUUAGAAGGUAUUUUAUAAAUGUCCAUGUGCGGCCUUUCUGUGCAUGUUGUGUAUUAUAUAUUAAGGAUAGAUGUAUAAUGUGCUAUUUCUCAGUUUGAGGAGACAACCAGAAUGUUUGGUGUAUCUAUGGACUUUUGUGUUUUCACCCCCAGUUGGCUGAAGUUAGAACUGCUUGACACUUCUUUUCUCUACAUAAAGGGGCACUUUAAUUAGGAAUCAGUUUCAUAGAACGGGUCAUAGUGCAGUGUGGGGAAAUUUUCAGACACUAUCAGUGUGUGGUUGUGCAUAGAAAACAGUAAAUAUGUGGUGUAACUAAACCAUUCUAGUUGCAGUACUGCUGCCAUGACCCCAACGGAAUCUAGACUGCUCUAUCACAGGUAAGCUCUUUGCCUAUAACAGUGCUGUUAUCCUGUAGUUCUUUCUGUACUAUUGGGAUCCUUUCCACGAGCUUGUGAAGCUCCAUCAAGUUUGGUUUCAUGAUCCUUGCUUUGAUUUAUUGUAAGAGACUAUCCAACAUGAUACCCUUGGAAUGCUCUGUCCCGGCGAGUCUUUGGGUCACCAGUUACCUCCUUAUAGUGUGUGCUGUGAGUGGGUGUUGAUAUUAGGUAUCCAUAGACAACUGCUAUAUCAGAUACUCACAUCCUUUGUCCAUUAUGUUGCAUCAUUACGAAAAACAAAAUCACCUUCUGAAAUGCGUCUUUUUUGUGUGUUGCUGUCUGACGGGAUGCAUUAGAAGAGAGAACAACACUGGCCCCUGUGCAGCUGUCAUUAAUUAAGUUUUUUGUAGCUAGUAAUGUGACAUACAAAGCAUUCAUUUAAGUAUGGGACUAUCAUAGAGGGAGGGGGGAAAUGAGUGUUUCGACGAUUUCAUCCAUAGUGACCGGAGCACAAUAGGGUCCUUGCUUGUUGUAGCCCUGUUGUAGAGACUUAUCCAAGUUACCCUUCCAUAUGCUCACACUGUACUUCUAGAUGUUUUAUUUUCCCCUCUGAAUUUUCCUUGGUAUUUGAGAAAUGUGUACUGACUUAGCAAUUUGUGAUGAUAAAUUGACCGUUAGGCCAACCUUAGAACUGCUCUUAAAUGGGAGAAUAAAAAGUACCUCCCCAGCAGUGAUAAGUCAGCACACCUUGUAAUGAACAUCUUAGCCUGUUGUGAAUAGGGAUCACCAGUGCAACUGCAGAAGUGUUCGACCCUAUCCGUAAGGAAAAAGUGAUGUCCAUAAAGUGGGACAGAGAUGGUAAAUAAUUCAAGAGUUAGCAAGAUUGUGCUGUGUACACAGGAUUUCUCACUCUGCAACAAAGUACUGCAUCAGAGAAAGUGGAAACCUCCCCCCCCCCAUUGUAACAUCUCCAGGAUGUGAUAGUAUACUCCUGUUUAUAGAGCAAUAAGAAUAUAUACCAGUGUGCAUUUGUUACAGCCCUGCUUCUUUAAAAGAUACUUUUUUAGAUCUGUUUCAGUUCACAAAGUUUUAUGUGCUUGAUAUUCUUAUGGUUAUGAAGUGACCUUUACCACAUCUAUAUUGUUCAUUUAAGCAUGCACUGCAAUUUGAGUACAUUUGAGUAACACUGCCAAGCGCCACUGUGACUCACGAAUGAAGUGAUUCCCCAGUCUUCUGCCUGCAGCUUUAUCUUCUAAGGAUCCCCCUUAUUUGUGAGAUAGAGGACUUUGAAGGAUAGAAGGACUCUGAAUCCACUCGUAUAAACGUUCAUCACUAGGGUUUUUUAUUGUGGUGGUGGUCUCUUAUAUGAGGAUGGACCGCUCCCCCUGAGGGAAGAAAUCAUGUCUCCUCAGUCUUCCUUCACUCCUGAUUGGAGCCGUAAGAUCCAACUUUUUUUUUUUCAGCGGGGGAUUUCCUGGGCCUUAUUGCUUGUGUCAGUCCUGACGGUAGCCAUCCUGAACCGAUGCUUCUUCUAGUGUAUCAUUUUCCUGAGAGAGCAGACAUCCUUUAGAACACCAGGAGAACACAGCCAGCGGAGAGGAGCUGUCAGUGGCUUUGUGACUAUCUGACAACAGGCUGUAGCCCUUUACAUUUCUCCAAAGACAAGGCUAUUAAUCAACUUUUUUCCCUCUUUAUGUGAAACAACUGAAUCAAAAAAACAAAAAUGAUAUUUUAGAUAUACUUCUCAUGUUUUACUCCCUCUAGGGUUUUUUUUUAAUUGGGAUUUUUGGUGGGAUGUGGUUUGGAGACUGCUGUUGUUUUGGCUCUCUCCUUCCCCGGUGUGUUCAGGAAAAACACUGCCAGAUGACACAGUACUGUGCCUUCUUCCACGGCCUUCUGCUCAGCUCCUCUAACCCAGCAAAGCUUCGCCAGGGCAAGGGAGACAAUCUUGUCAGCUGGCUUGGCUGUACUGAAAAAUCAAUAGUAUCCUGCUGUUGAGGGCAGUGCAGACAGGUGCCUGUUAAGAGCUAGUGACUUACUAAUUAGUGACAUCCUUAACUUGUACCACAAAAUUUCAAAAUUUGAUCCAACCUAUGCUUAAAGUUUUGGCAACAACUCUGAAGGGCAGCAAAGCCUAUUCUGUUAAAACAUUAAGUUCAUAGUUAUGUUAAGAUUAUUCUAUAUUGAAGCUUGGCUUUUAUUACCCAAAUACUUUUUUUUUCCCCUUAGCUGCUGUAGAAUUCUGCUCUUGGAAAAAGUAACUACUCUUAAGGUUUACAGGUACCCACUUCACUGUAAAUUGGGUGUUUUUUUUAUUUCUGGGGCUUUUUAAGAUAAGAUUGCUGACUCUUCAGAAGUGACAGGAAACAGUUUUCAUCAGAACAUCUCAGAGGAACAUCCCACAGACUGUCCCACAGUCCUCGGACAUCAAGGUGCUCCUGCCCCCUGCCGGCAUAGCCUGCUAGGGAAGGGCUGCAAACUAUCUAGGCAGUCCCAUCUCGAUGUAAGUUUACUUGCCACUAAAAGCAGUCCUGAGGAGAUCAAAAAGGUAAACAGAAUUGGGGGGAUCAUGAAGAGUAAUUCCAAUAGAUUAACAGCUCCGAGGUCAAGGUUAAUAGGAGCUGUGCAUCCAGUUAAGAGUUUCAGAAGCUGCUAUUCUGGGAGAAUACAACUGCUAAUAAGCUCAUGUCAAGGAUGUUAGGCUAUAAGGAGCCUGAAAAAAACUUCAGGUAAUGGAUUGAUUUGACUAUCGGGCCACCAACAGAACCCCUUGUCACUCUUUUUCCCACAGCUAAACGCAAUUUUAUGUUACAGACACAAGGUAAUUUUAAACAAGAAAACCUUUUCCUAGUUUUCUAUAUUACCAAACUGUUUCAUGUAGGUUUAUGUAGUUAACUUCAGAACUAACAGUUUAUAACUUAUGUAAUCUCAUAACCUCAUGGAUUUUGUUUAAACCAAUUAAAACUGUAUGAUCCUGUGAUUAUAGGUAUAAUGACUUCCUUUAAAUAAUUUGGAUUUGUACACUUGUAAGAGGAUGUUUAUUUCUAAAAAUCACUUUAGGUUGCAAGAACCUUUUGGCACUUGAAGUUUUGUUUUAUACACUUCACAUUAUUUACAUACAGCAAGUUAUUCCUGACCCUAUAGGAAUGGUUGCCCACUCACAAAAUUGAGAUUUGAUCCAUGGAGAGAUGCAAGAAGUACAGAAUUAAGAUUUAUUUUCCUUUAAAAAUUGAAUGGAAGACCAUUGUUAUCUCUUUACUAGUCUCCCUCAAAGUAAACAAGUGUUCAGUUCUUAAUUGUGCCCUUAGAAGGUCUAUAUGUAUAAGAAAUCCGAAAUUUAGCUAUAGAAUACACUUGCUAAGUAAAAAUAAGCUAAACACAAUAUACUUGAUAAACGUGUGAAGGAAAUAAUCUCCAAUUGGUUUGCUCUUUGCUUGUUGAAGUAUAAACCAUUUAGAAAACAUCUGCUAUAAUUCCCAGUGCCUUGAACUCUCUUGGGGGAACAGCAUAAAAAAAAUCUAACAAGCAAACUUUGAGGUGCUAAUGAAAGAAGGAAGGUGUUUCUAGUUGGUGCAGAAACAGAAAAAGUGACUGUCUCACAAGAGAUGGCUUCAUCUACCUAAUCAAGGUCUGGCUGCUUUCUACCAAAGACAUUUAGAGAAGUUGAGUCAAGUCAGGGUGAUGGUGAGUACUACAUAUUUAAAAGAUGGCCAAGUUCAGAAUGAAUGUUGAACAUGGAUGGCUAUUAAUACCAAGCUCAUAAUUGAAGCCUCAACCUCUUCUUAGGCAGGACAUGCUUGUGGCACUUAAACAAAAUCUGCAAACUGUCCAUUGUUUGUUAAGUUUAUUGUAACCUAAUACCAAAAACUGCCAUUUUUCAUGAUUACCACCUCCUGUAUUUCUCUACUUGUAAAUAAUUUCUCCUAGGGGAAAAAAAAAAGCAUUAACUGGAAUGUUUCAUUAAUUUUAUUGUCAGCCACUAGUGAACUCCUUUUAUAGAAAUGUACAUUUAAAAUAUCAGCUUGUGUAAAUGUCGUAAAAGCAUUGUUUACUGUUUUAAAGAAAAAUUGCACAUUAUAUUUAACUGAGAUUGCUCCCUCUCUUCCUAUUUCUUAAAAAAAAAAAAAAGAAGGAGUAAAGGCUCAUGCUAACAUCCAGGCUGUGGGAGCUUUGCCAUAAAUAUAUACAAUGUAGGAAUAUAGCUUUUUAAAGCAUGAAAAAGGCAAAAGGAACUGCAUUGAAAGUACAGGAUAGAGGACAUUAUUCAGAUGAUUACGCACAGCUCGGUAAAGAUGAAGUUACAGUUUUUCUUUCAGCUCUGUUGCUAUUAUUUUCUUCUACUUAAAUGUACACUCAUUUCAUUAUGUGCCUUGCUCCCUGAUUGUGCAAACCUAUAUAUAGAUAUAUAUAUAUGAGAGAGAUAUUCAGUACUACUGACGAUGUUUUUGUUCUACUGCUGGAUUAAGUUAUUUUCCAAGUUACUUAUUCUUGCCAAGUUACUGUCAGUAAACUAUUGUAAUGGCUUAGGACAGUAGUCACGCGGUCAGUGUAAUUUACGUGUUUCCAUUAUGUCAGCUUAUCCAGUCCUUAAUAAAAAGAAUACAUAGAUUCAUUUAAACAUCUAAA